GGGUAAAGUUCAUUUCUUGACUCUCAACACUGUUGAAAAAAAGAGAUGAUUUUGGUUAUGUGCAAAUGUGUCUCUUAUUGUGGAGAGACCCAACUACACGUAGACUUUCUGCCUAUGCUCACUGCAGUUAUAUUACUUCUGUCCAAAGCGCAAGUCAGGAACCUUAUAUUUUAAGUUUGUCAAUACCGGUACAUGUAUAUGUCCACUUAAUGCUAAGUGCACUCUGUAUUGCUCACAACUCUCUGUUUUCUGUUACUUUUCAUUUUUGGAGACAAAGUUUAAGCAAUUACAGGAAUCCUUGUGAACUUUAAAAAAAUUGAUUUUUUUGGGUACUGACAAACACUUCAGGAAAAGUGCACCGAUAUGCAUGUACAGAAGUUCCAUGUUAAAUGCCAGUGCUGUUAGCCGGUUAAUUCAAGAAAUAAAUUUUCAACUACAUGUAAAUUGCUAACGCCAAUUUCCAGUGAGACAUGUUCCAGGGAAAAAUGAAAUCGGCUAAGAAACUUGAAGUUGAAACUCUGAAUUAAGAACACUUUGUUCCUAAUAAUAGUAAUAAUUUUAUUCAUUAAUGGUUGCUGUGCCAACUCAAGUACAUGUAUAAUUCUUAAUCCAAAUGUAUAUAUUUGGAUGUAUGGGAGCAUAUACUUCAUAUAGUGCAGGAAAAAAUCAUAUAUUUAUUGAGCACCCAACAGAUUAGCAAGUGGUUUUUAGAUCCAACAUUUCAGUUUUUCUUCUCUAACUGGUUGAUGAGGUGCGGUACUUCUAACAACAUCUGCAGAGCUCUUUGUACCCAUUCCCCCCAAAAAAAAUCAGAAAAGUAAAAAAACAAAGAAGAGAGAAUGAAAUAGUAGUGGUUUCAGUUUCUCUGUGGAUACUGAAACAACUCUGUGCAUGUAUUCAAUGAUUUGGGAUCAUGAGCUGUUGUGAUGGUUGUGGUUUAUGCAUGCAGUACAUUGUAUCCUGCUUUGAACACAAACGAAUAACACAAAUAUGUGUAUUACCAGGCCUGUUGGGAUUCUAGUCUUAUGAUAGACACACACUGUUCAUAAUCUUGUUUCUGUUCCUUUUUCACUUUGUUAAGGAAACAGGGCUGUUGAUUUUUCUGUGAAACGGCAGCCUAACAAAGUUAUAGGUAUUAACCGCAUUGAAGAGAAGUACUUCGCCUCAUCAUUGUCUCAAGCCAACUUUUAGUUUUACUUCAAUUUUUUUCAAUUUUUCCUCUUUCGGGGAGGGGGGGAGAUAUAUUAUUUCUUGAUUUUCCACCAGUGAAAUUUACAUCAUUGAUUCCCAACAAAUGGUGACUCUUGGACAGUGCCUAAAAUUUUUCCCAAAAUGUCAAAGAGUUACUUAGGCCUACCACAUUCCUUACAUCAGCCACUGCACAUUUUAAGAGAAUGCAGAAUCACAUAAUUUAUUGGGAGAAAAUCUUACAUAUUUUUUUCUGUUAAGUUUACAUUUAGUGCCCAUUUCCUGCCACAAACCAGCUCAUACUGAUGACUCGACAGGACAACCUGUCCGACAAGUUGGCUAAAAACGGCUCUGAUGUGUACAUGUACUGUACUUGUUUUCAGUGUACAUGUACAUGUGUACACGUGUACAGUGCAUUGCACAACAGCCACACAUAAUUUAUUCAGUCUGUAAAAGCAUUGUUGCUACCAGUGAACUACAUGUAACAUGUACCAUUACACAGGAUGUUUGUUUACAAUCUGCUUUGCAAGCCUGGUUCACAGACCAUCCAAUGACAUCAUCACUAAUUGUGUAUGGUGCUCUAUAAAUAGCCCAUAAGGAAGCACAUAAAGCACAGUGAGUCCACAAGUUCUUCAGUGGCUCUGCACGUGUCCUAAGUGCAGUAUACCCAUGUAAACUCAAGAAGUGCAAUGUACAUAUUAUAGAGCGUGAGUGCAUAUAGUCAAUGUGGCACUGGUUGACUGAUACUGCAGCCAGGACAGACCCAGGGAGCUGCCAUUGUGCAUACAAAUUACAUGUAUAUGUACAAUUGUACAUGUAUGCUGACUCUAGAUUACAGCUCAGCAUUCAGUCGCUUGAUCCAUUUUUGAAAAGGAUGAUACUGGCUGCUGUGUGCUUUAAAAAUGGAAGAAACACAUUCCUUGUCAGAAGCCCAGGAGAAAAUAGAGGAAUCAGAAAUUCCUGUGAAGCUGGAUGGCAGAGAGAUUGUAAAUGAUGAGACAUCAGAUGGCACAAGCAAGAAAUCCCUGGCUAAGCUGAGUUCCCUGCCCUCCCCGCAGGCCAGCCCAAGCCAGGCCAACCCACUCCGCCGAAGUCUAAGCUACCCGCCUGCCUGUUGUGGCCAUGUCUGCCGCCUCUGUGCAGGGCUGUGUGUAUGCCCCCGCUGCCCACGGAGUGCCGAGCAUGAGGAGGACAAAACUGGAGAGGCAACAGGAGGGAGUGCGUCCACUCGUGCCGCCCGGCCGCGACUGCGACGACGGCAGUCUGGCGGGAGCAUGCGCACCUGCCACCGCCACAAGCUGGCCUGCAUGCGGGACUCCCUCCCCGCUUCCCUGGAGAGCCUGCAGGAAGCAGGUUAUGUCCCUGUUGACACAGAGCCGAGCGUCUCAGCCACUGCGACCACGGCCCACCCGGGCGUCCUGUUCCCCAGGGCUGAGCAGGAGUUUGCCGAGUGUCAGGUCUGCCUGCUGGAGACCUUUGGCCGGCCCAGGCUCUGCUGCCACUUGCAUGUCUGUGACGCCUGCCUCCAGUGGUACAUCCGGGAAAAGGUCCAACACCGCAUCCUCAGCAUUCGCUGCCCCAACCCUGCCUGUAGCGACUCCAUCUGCCGUGAGGAGAUACAACACCACCUUAGCAGCCAGCUCCUCACAAAAUUCCUGAGGUUCCUGAUUGAGGAGAACAGCGAUCCAGAUCAGAAGACCUGCCCACGUUGUAACCACGUUGCCAACUUUCAUCGAGAUGUCUUGAUCAGCAAGCACAAAUCACAUCCAGAUGAGCAGAAGGUGACCUGCCUUUGCGGUAUGCUGUGGUGUUUCCGCUGUCACUCCCCCUGGCAUGAGAAUAUCACCUGUAAGCAGUACCAGAGAGGGGACCGGCUGCUGAAGGAAUGGGCCAAGGAGCAUCACUACGGACAGCCUAACGCCAACCGGUGCCCCAAGUGUAAGGUGUACAUCCAGCGAAGCUCAGGUUGCGACAACAUGACCUGCAGCCAGUGCCGCACGUCGUUCUGCUACCGCUGCGGCGAGCGCUUCUACUACGUCAAGUUCUUUGGCAACCAUUACUCAGCCUUCAGUGUAUUUGGUUGCAAGUAUCGCCUGCUGCCCAAUAAACCAGUCAAGCGCAAGUUGAUUCGGGGCGCCAUCUUUGGAUGCAAGAUCGCUGCUGCUCCUGUCUGCAUCACGCUGGCUGUGGGUGUGGGCUGCGUUCUCCUGGUGGCCCUGGGACCAGCCUAUGCAACCUAUGCUGCCUGCCGCGAGUACAAGAACCGGCGUUACGAGCGCAAGCGCCGGCGCCAGUUUCGCAUGCAUCGGCAGUAUAUGGAAUACAGCCACCAGCUCUACAGCGGAAUGGACAGAGCCCACCAGGAGUUGAAGCCACGGGCCGCAACCCUAAUUGACCUCCCACCUUCGUCGUGGCAACCAGACUUCUCAGAGGACUCAGACACAUGGACAGAGGUAUGAAGAAUAAACAGGAUAGGCAUUUAUCGAUUUAAAUUAAUACAUUUCUUAAUUAUGGCAGGAAGUAUUGAUAUUGUACUCCUGUAACUAAGUUAAUGAAAAGGAAAUAUUGUCAGCAAAUGUACAUGUAAAUGUGUGUUUUCCAUGUAACGUCUGCCCAUGGUUUGCACAUUGUCAUGAUUGUACAUGUAGCAUGUGCUCAUAUCUGCAUGGGGCCUUGUAUGAAGCUGGUUUAUUUGCAGAGUUACAACUUCUGACAAAAAUCCUUUGGUUUCAGCUGUCCAAAAUGUUUGUGAAGGAAACACAUUGUGUCAACACUUCUCAUGCACUGGAAGCCACCGACAGUCCAUUCUGUUCUCUCUCUUUGUGAGAAUUCCUUAGUUCUGUCGAGAUGUAAGCAUUAUCACAUGAUAAAACUUCACCAAUCAGAAUGUGAACUGAUCAAGAUACUCAUGAAUAAAUAUUAGAAAAUCGCAUCAGAAUUAUGAAAAGUUCCCUGAGUUUCUGUUGGUACCCCUUUGUAUAUAAAUAGAGUAUAUGUAUGCAGCGCAUUAUUUUGUUUGUUUUAAGUAUUUAUUUUGUAAAAGACAUUAUUUGAGAUCAUUUAUAUUUGGCAGCAUUCAAAAGAGUGUUUGCAUGUACAUAAUUGUGGAUGAUCGUUUUUGCUUCUUUACCUUUUGAAAAUCUGAGGUAAACCAGUUUGUUGAUGCUACCAGAUACAUGUAAAAGCAUGAUGAAAAAACUGCGAGAGACCGGGUUUUGAUGAAUGGUAACAAUGUCUCAGUGAACAGUCAAUGUGUGUGAUUUGGUACAUUCUGUUGAAAGAUGGGUUUUUAGAAUGCAAGUUGACACCUUUCACUCUGCAGGGUGUUACAAUUCGAAAUUUGUUUCCGAACUUCUACUCAGCAUUCAAUAGAUAGUGUUGUUGCAUGCAAUAGAUAGUGGUAUAGAGAAUUUCCCAAAAUAUCCCCAAGUUGGGAAAAUCUCUCGUGUCAAUGUGGACUGUUAAUUCUUUUGACAUUUUACCUGGCUUUUCUAUAUUUUGAAAAAACUGAACUUCCUUCGCUCAGAAUGUAUUUUGCAAGGAAAGCUGUUACAUGUGUCAUGUUUUAAGCAUUACUCAUGCACUAACGAAGGAUUCAUGUGUGACACCCCUUUCUAACCGAGACACAGUGGAAGUGUAAACAGAAAGAUGACAACACUAGUAUUGUAAGAAACAACAAGCAAAAAUGUUUAUAAAAAGACUGCUAAUUUUGUUGCAAUUGUUUAUUUAUUUAUUUUUAUACAUGUAGAUGCAUGUGCUGUGUGUCUGAUUACAGAUUUCCCGAUAUGGCUGGUCCGUUCUGGGAAAAUCAACAUUCCAUAUGUGAGGCAUGUUUUUAUCAAAGUCCAAUAGUUGCCGAAAUGAAAAGAAGAAAAAAUGAUAUAUACAUACAAAACGAUUUUAGUGUUACAUGUACAUGCUAGUUUACCAUUACACACAUGGAAACAACAAUAUGUACAGAUGUAUACCAGUAGAUUUAUUGAACAGAAACGAGUUGGUUGCUAAGUAAACGACAGGAAAGUUUGAAAUGUGGGUCUUCACAAUCUCCAUUGGAAAAUGUCGUUUGCUGUUCCAAUGCCUUGUGGGCAUUUUGUUCUACAGAGCCAUAGUUGAGCUUUGGAAGUUCAUUUGCUCAUGUAUACAGUAUAUUGUGCUUUGUUGAUAAUUUGCUAUGCAUCACCCACUAAGAGAGCUUCAGAAUUUCUGUGGGUUGUGCCGGUGUUGUUAGCCAAUGCUUAUGGGUGUUUUGCUCUGUAACACUGUCAAGUUGCAGAGUCUUGAAAUUCUGAAAUUUUGAUGGACCCCAACUCAGUAUUUCAGCUGGUUUGUCCUCAGCUUAAGUGCUUCAGUUAACAGGAGUUGUACCUGUAAUUGGUACAUGUUUAUCAUUGGCUUGGUCUGGGACACCUUUAAGCAUUGGGAGUAAAAGUAAACUGUUCCACUUGUGAGUUACAUGUUGGUGUACUUCUUGCGAUUGUUGCAGGUAAGAAAAAUGUUGAGGUCAAAAUUGAGCAGCUUACACUGCACAAAUUUUAAUGAAUUUCACAAGCCUUCAGCGUUCGUAUCACAUACAUGUUCACUGAGAUCAUGUGCAGCCUUGCCAGGGUUUAAAAAUACCCUGCCCCCUCCCCCCGAAAACAAGCCACAGAUGUACAGAAACUGUGGCAGUGACCAUGUUUAUUCUUAGUGGCACAAAAGUGUACAGGUACAUGUAUCUCUUUGGUUCCAAUAAGCUGUGUAAAAUGUUGCUGGAUAGAUGCAUGUGCUUAACAAGAAUUAACAGAGAACCAGGAACAGUCAGUUGGACAUUGACAGUUGGCUGGUAACAUCAAGCCAGACUCUCCAGUGCUCAGCAAAUGAAUUUGUGUACAUACAUGUACCACCACAGUCAAAUUGGCUACUCACAUAUCAGUAGAGAUGCCAACAUUUGAAAAUAAAAAAGUGUAAUCCUGUGUGUGCAGAGCGCGAAGCCCUUACGGCGUGGGGUCCGGGGCCCACUUAAGGGCCCUGGGAAAUUUUGGGUUCUAGAUGCUCUGUGGUGCAAUCUGAGGCAUUUCCUGGCCCUUUUUCCCAACAUAUUUUUCCUGUUUACAGUAUUAAAUGUACAAGUACAUGUAAGUGUGAUUUUUAAGGGAAUGUUUGUGUUAUUAAAAAAAAAUUUUCAGGGCCAUUUUUUUUGAUGAGUGGAACUAAUUGUGCCACAAAGUGGGGAUUCAUUACUUGAGUUGAUAUUUAGUGUAAUGCAUACAUAUUUUAACUUAUCUUUGCCCUCCUAGUGCCGAAGAGAUUGAUUUGUGGCUUGUUUGGCUUUUUGAAGCAAUUGCUUGCUGGGUUUGAAUCGGUGGCAAGGUUUUUUCACUGCACUUUUCUGCACAAGGAGCACUUCCAAUGUUUCCACUGGCUUUUUUUUCGCACCAUUCUGAAAAUACGUUCACAAGUUGCAUUUGAGUGAGGAAGUACCAAAAUUCCAAGCAUCACAGGAGCCAAUACACCGUAGAGAUGAGUCCUAUCUGAUGGAGUGGCCUUGGCCAGUUCAUGCCACUGAGCAUCUAUGCGAUCCAUAGAGAGUAUCUCUGGCUUUAGACUGUCCACCUGGAAGAAUGCAAACUCUUGUUCAAGUUGACUUAACUGAGAACUGUCAGGUAGUAAACAGCUGAACCUGUUUAUGAAGUAGGCACGGGAUGCAUAUGUCUUUUCAUCUAUUGAUUCCAGAUCCACAACUUCAGCAUGAAGUAAAAGAUCGUCAUUUAGGGGGAAUUUGUCGCAAUGUACUGACAUGCAGUCUCAUAAUAGAGAUGCACAGCUGAGUAAAAUGCAGCCCAAUCACAGUGAAUCAGCCGUCCUGUGGGAUUUUCCUCUUUUUCUUUUCUGCAUCAAUGAACUUCCUAACUUGAGCUCCAACUACAAGUCCUGCAUCUACUUUCUGAUUGGAUUUCAGUCUGAAAUUCACCCCACACACAUUUUCACUCUCCCUGAUAACUGCUGGCUUAACAAAUUGGACCAGUAUUUUUUCAACAGACUGAAGAACUCUCUUCGUAAUCUGUGAAUGAGAGGGGCUUCAUUUUGAAGGUAGGUAUUAAAUCCUUCAAACAUAGGAAGUAGUUCAUCAAGGAAGUAGCAAUACAGUUUGGUCUGAGGUGAAACAAAAAGUCUCUUGACCCGCUGUGCACAAGAAUCUGUCAUCUCCUUUGAUGCUUCCGCGGGCUUUUGCCCAAAGGGUCUCUUCCCAGCUGAUGAACUGGUAGUGGUACUCAAAAGAUGCUAUUGCCAAGGAGGUAUCUUCCCAGCUGAUGGAUUGGUAGUGGUACGUGAAGUAUGCUAUUGCCUAGGAGGUUUCUUCCCAGCUGAUGGAUUGGUAGUGGUACUCGAAACAUGCUAUUGCCAAGGAGGUAUCUUCCCAGCUGAUGAACUGGUAGUGGUACUCGAAACAUGCUAUUGCCCAGGAGGUUUCUUCCCAGCUGAUGGAU